CAACAUUUCUUUUUUUCUUUGAAAAUCACUCGUUAAAAAGAACAAAAAAAUAUGUUUCUGAAUCAAAUUCAAAUAUAAAUCACAUAAAUUUGUAAAAACCGUUACCAAAGCCAAAUCACCAGCACAUGAUGAACGCGCGCAGCAUCGGCAUGCUGAAAAUGCUCAGACACUCAUGGCGCACGUUUCCCCGCCGUUUGGCCACCAAGGUCACUACGUUGGGCGGCGACGAGGUAGGCAGUGGCACCGGAAUCGGCCAGAUCACCGGCGGCGUGCGCACCAGCGAUGGGCCCCAAAAGGUGAACACGCCGUCCAAGGAAAUCGUAACCCACCUGCCGCCCCUCACCGAGCCAUUGCCCAACCUGCCGGAGGCAGUUUACGCGGCUCCGCUGGCGGAGAGUGCCAUCACCAAGGUGACAAAGCUGCCAAACGGUUUGCGUAUUGCCUCUGAGCCCCGGUACGGUCAAUUCUGCACCGUGGGUCUGGUGAUCGACUCCGGCCCGCGCUACGAGGUGGCCUACCCCAGCGGCGUUUCGCACUUCCUUGAAAAGCUGGCGUUCAAUUCCACAGUCAACUUCCCCAACAAGGACGCCAUACUUAAAGAGCUGGAGAAGAACGGCGGCAUCUGCGACUGCCAGAGCUCGCGGGACACGCUAAUCUAUGCCGCAAGCAUCGACAGUCGGGCCAUCGACUCCGUGACGCGUCUGCUGGCAGACGUCACCCUUAGGCCCACACUCAGCGAUCUGGAGGUGAGCCUGGCCAGGCGUGCCGUCAACUUUGAGCUGGAGACGCUGGGCAUGCGACCGGAGCAGGAGCCCAUUCUGAUGGACAUGAUCCAUUCGGCGGCUUACAGGGACAACACCUUAGGCCUGCCUAAGCUGUGUCCGUUGGAGAACCUGGACCACAUCGACCGGAAGGUGCUGAUGAACUACCUCAAGUACCACCACUCUCCCACCCGGAUGGUAAUCGCUGGUGUUGGCGUGGAUCACGAUGAACUGGUUAACUAUGUGAAAAUGUACUUCGUGGAGGACAAAGCCAUCUGGGAGACGGAAGAACUGGACGAUUUGGGACCCAAGCAAGUGGAUACGUCUAUUGCACAAUACACUGGUGGCUUAGUUAAGGAACAAUGCGAAAUCCCCAUCUACGCGGCUGCUGGUCUGCCUGAACUGGCCCACGUGGUCCUUGGCUUCGAAGGCUGCUCCCACCAGGACAAGGACUUCGUGCCACUGUGCGUCCUGAACAUCAUGAUGGGCGGUGGUGGCUCCUUCUCCGCCGGCGGUCCCGGCAAGGGCAUGUAUUCGCGUCUGUAUACCAAGGUGCUGAACCGCUACCACUGGAUGUACAGUGCCACGGCGUACAACCAUGCUUACGCCGACACUGGACUGUUCUGCAUCCAUGGCAGUGCACCGCCGCAGCACAUGAACGACAUGGUCGAGGUGCUCACCCGAGAGAUGAUGGGCAUGGCGGCAGAGCCGGGAAGGGAGGAGCUGAUGCGCUCCAAGAUCCAGCUACAGUCCAUGUUGCUGAUGAACUUGGAGUCGCGACCUGUUGUUUUCGAGGAUGUGGGCCGCCAAGUGCUGGUAACGGGGCAUCGUAAACGACCUAAGCAUUUUAUCAAGGAAAUUGAGAGUGUCACUGCCGCCGACAUCCAGCGCGUCGCCCAGCGCCUUCUCAGUUCCCCGCCCUCGGUGGCCGCCCGCGGGGACAUCCACAAUCUUCCUGAGAUGAGCUACAUCACCAAUGCGCUGAGCGGUUCGGGACGUUCUGGCCUGGGCCGCCGGCUUUCCCUGUUCAAAUAGCGCUGGAUGUGAGACCACAAGAUCUGAGAGAUCGUUUCGCUUUGUUUGAUUCGUAAUUCACAAUCGUGUUAAGUUUAAAUUGGCUAAAAUAUUUACCAAAAUUCGAUUCGGA